AUGCGCCCGCCGGACCAUCCCGCCCAACGCGUGCCUUCGAACCUACAGCGAUUCGCAGGCAACUACAUGAACGUCCUCCUGGUCACGGCGACCUUUGCAUCGGCCUCUGUGCGACCCUUCUUCGUGACCUUCUGCCUCAUCGCCAAGGCCAUAGCGCUUCUAGCUCCCCCGGAGAUGUUCGAUGUCGACGUGCUCCAGGGAAAGGCCGCCGGAGGCGGCUACCGUGCUGUUGGGGGUCCCUGGUUGCGCUGUGGGCUCGUGGCCUUGGGCCACGCUGGCCUCGGCGCUACAAGCGUCUUCACCUCCGCUGGCCGUCGGGGUCUUGUCUUGGGAGCCGCCUUAGUACUGUCGCAUGCCCUCUUCCGCACUCGGCCAUGGACAGAGGUGGCCAAGGAGCGACUGACAACCCGGCUGAAGUCCCAAUGA